AUGGACAGAACCGUAGCUUUGUUGAAGACUUCUCUAGUGCGUAUAGGUGGGAAGUAUGGUGGGACUUUGCUUCUGUCUAUUGCGCAAGAUGGUAACUCGAACAUAUUGCCAGUUGCGUUUACACUUGUUGAGAGGGAGAAUGUUGAGUCGUGGGUAUUUUUCUUGUCCCACUUGCGUCAACAUGUGAUCCCACAGGAAGGGAUUCUGGUAAUCUCUAACAGACACAACGAUAUUAAGGCUGCACUGGAAGCACCAGACAGUGGUUGGAAACCGCCUCAUGCAUACCAAGCAUAUUGCAUUCGACACAUUGCAGCUAAUUUUGCUCUCAGUUUCAAGGGUCAGGAUGCAAGGCAGAUGCUCGUGAAUGCGGUGUAUGCCAAGACUGAGGUCGAGUUUGACUACUGGUUUGACAUUAUGAGGAUUGAGAAUCCGGCCAUGUGUGACUGGGCCAACCGACUGGAGUACGAUAAGUGGACCCAACACCAGGAUGGAGAUUGGAGGCAGACGGCGAUAGAGCACAACCUGAAAGAUGCGAGAUGCUUCACGGUUACUCUGUUCGACAAACAUCAGUCUGAGUAUACCGUGGCUGAGACGACUCCUACCGGUAACUUCUCGCUUGGGACGUAUCGGGUUUCCCUCAGAGAUCGCACUUGUGACUGCGGGUACUUUCAAGCUCUCCAUUACUCGUGCUGCCAUACGAUUGCAUGCUGUGCUCAGUCCCGAUUAGACUGGGCUACGUACGUCCAUGAGGUUUAUACCAUGAGUAAGGUGUUCAGCGUAUACCGGAUGGGAUUUUUGCCCCCUAUUCUAGAGGGUCUGUGGCCACUGUACGCCGGUCCUACUAUCGUCCCUGAUCCUUACAUGAGACGUGCCAGAGAAGGGCGACUGAGGUUAACAAGAAUCCGUAACACCAUGGAUGAGGCCGAUACUAGUCGGCCGAAGCAAUGUGGGCUAUGCAGACAGACAGGACACACUCGCAGGACUUGCCCUCAGCAAGGAUCCGCCCCCAGUACCGAGGCAUAG